ACCUAACCCUACUUACCCAUGCUGUUUGUUUACAAACAUGGUGGAAGAAAACGAGCAAAGCAGCGGGGAACCGGCGAGAAAACAAGCGAAACUCGUGGAAAACUCCACAGUUUCCGCGCACGGAAAGUUAAAAGACUUGUCGGGCUUCAAACUAACGGACGUGCUACAAAACAACACGAAAGCCAAAACGAUUUUCCUGCGGGGCAAGUUCGAAGCGGAGGAGGGCGAAGCGCUGGUUAUCCUGGAGAAAACCGCGUUUUGCGGCGAGAAUUUCACGCAGGAAAGCGAUUAUUUUUCACAAAAGAGCGCCCUAGAGAAAGUAUUCCAGAAUGACGUUUAUGCAGACUACAAGUACUUCCCUGUUCAAGAGCUCAACAGCGUAAAGACCACAAUAGUACAUCCAGCUACUGAGAAGCACAUUUCAAAGUACUCAAUCCAAAACUUGUACAUGCUAAAUGAAACUCCAGAAAUCUACAACAAAUUCACUUUGCCACACUUGAACACAGACAAAUUUGACUUGCAGUGGGUCUACAACAUCUUGGAACACAAAUCAGAGACAGACAGGAUCCUUGUGGAGGAUUCAGACCCUGUAAACGGCUUUGUGGUUGUUCCAGACUUAAAGUGGGCUGGAGAAAUAGACACUUUGUAUUUUUUGGCACUUUGCAACCAACGAGGGAUUAAAAGUAUUAGAGAUUUGACUGGGGAGCAUUUACCGUUGCUGAAGAAUAUCAGAGAUAAGACUGUGGCCGCCCUAACCUCAAAGUACGGACUGGACAGUUCACAAUUAAGAAUCUACUUCCAUUAUCAGCCGUCGUUCUACCAUCUGCACGUGCAUUUCACUUAUUUACGCCAUGAGGCUCCCGGUAUCUUGGCCGAGAGGGCCCACAUGCUCACCUCGGUCAUAAGCAACCUGGAGUUGCUACCGGAUUAUUACCAGAGGGCCACGAUCCCUUACGUCCUACGGGAAAACGACAAACUGUUCGCCAAAUUAGAGAAGGAGGGUCUCUUAAAGAAGAAGGAAAAUGUAUAA